CUCGGCGUUCCCGGGCCCCCCGUGUGUAAGUGCGGAGAGCGGAAGCGGCGCUGUGUAUUGUCUGCGGGAGGAAGAGGAGGGGGAACCGGGGGGUCAGCAGCACCGCACACCGAGGCUGUAUACAAGCGGCCUUCGUCAUUCAUGCGACCCCUCCACAUGACGAGCCCCCGCCAGCCGCACUCCGCCGGCCUGCUCUAGCACGGCCUUUUUUUUAUCCUUAUUUAUUAGACCGUCCUGAGGAGCGGCGGCCGAGUCCAGGCCGGGCACACUGAGGAGAAAGCAAGGAAGGCCCCGGUGUCCUCUCAUCUCCGGGGAGAUACGAGCUUGUCUUCUCUUCAUUCAUAUCCGUCUUCACUGAAAUUGUCUUCCGGGAGGAAGAUGUCCAAAUCCAGUGGAGGAGGUGGCGGAGGCGGCGGUGGAGGAGGCGGCGGCGGAGGGGGCAGCGGAGGACUAACCUGGGUGACAUUGUUUGAUAAUCAGAACAAUGCAGCGAAAAAAGAAGAAGGUGAAAACGUCAGUAACAACAAAAAUGAUUCUUCUAAGAAAAUGUCUGUGGAGAGAGUCUACCAGAAGAAAACUCAGCUUGAGCAUAUCCUCCUCCGACCUGAUACCUACAUUGGAUCUGUGGAGCCUGUCACACAGCCAAUGUGGGUUUAUGAUGAGGACGUUGGAAUGAAUUGCCGCGAUAUUACUUAUGUACCAGGAUUGUAUAAAAUAUUUGAUGAGAUUCUUGUCAACGCAGCUGAUAAUAAGCAAAGAGAUAAAAAUAUGAAUUGCAUAAAAAUUUCUAUUGAUCCUGACUCCAACAUCAUCAGCAUUUGGAACAAUGGUAAAGGUAUCCCAGUAGUAGAGCACAAGGUGGAAAAGGUCUAUGUCCCAGCUCUGAUUUUUGGCCAACUCUUGACCUCAAGUAACUAUGAUGACGAAGAGAAAAAAGUUACAGGUGGUCGUAAUGGCUACGGUGCUAAACUUUGCAAUAUAUUCAGUACAAAAUUUACAGUGGAAACAGCUUGCAAGGAAUACAAACACAGCUUUAAACAGAUCUGGAUGAAUAAUAUGCAGAAAACGACAGAACCCAAAAUCAAAUAUUUUGAUGGCGAUGACUACACAUGCAUUACAUUCCAGCCUGAUUUGUCUAAAUUUAAAAUGGAGACUUUGGACAAGGAUACUCUGGCCCUGUUAACAAGGCGAGCCUAUGAUGUAGCAGGUGCUUGCAAAGGUGUGAAAGUCAUGCUCAAUGGAAAAAAACUUCCUGUGAAUGGAUUCCGCAGUUACGUAGAUCUAUACGUAAAGGAGAAACUAGAUGAAACUGGCGUUGCACUGAAAGUAAUUCAUGAAGUUGUAAAUGACCGAUGGGAUGUGUGUCUCACACUAAGUGAGAAAGGCUUCCAACAAAUCAGUUUUGUAAAUAGUAUAGCUACCACAAAGGGUGGUAGACAUGUAGAUUAUGUAGUGGAUCAAAUAGUGUCUAAACUUAUCGAGGUUGUGAAGAAAAAGAACAAAGCUGGAGUUUCUGUGAAGCCAUUUCAGGUGAAAAAUCAUGUAUGGGUUUUUGUCAAUUGUUUGAUUGAGAACCCUACAUUUGACUCUCAGACAAAAGAAAAUAUGACCCUCCAAGCAAAGAAUUUUGGGUCAAAGUGUCCGCUAUCUGAAAAAUUUGCAAAAUCGGCUUCCAACUGUGGAAUUGUGGAAAGUAUUCUGAACUGGGUGAAAUUCAAGGCUCAGACCCAGCUGAACAAGAAGUGUUCGUCUGUGAAACACAGCAAAAUUAAAGGCAUUCCCAAACUGGAUGACGCCAAUGAUGCUGGUGGCAAACAUUCCCUGGAUUGCACUCUGAUUCUGACAGAAGGAGACUCAGCCAAAACUUUGGCUGUAUCUGGUUUAGGUGUCAUAGGGCGAGACAGAUAUGGUGUGUUCCCUCUGAGAGGAAAAAUCCUCAAUGUACGAGAAGCAUCACACAAGCAGAUCAUGGAGAAUGCAGAAAUCAACAACAUCAUUAAAAUUGUUGGAUUGCAAUACAAGAAGAGCUAUGACGAUCAAGAGUCCCUCAAGUCUUUACGUUAUGGAAAAAUCAUGAUCAUGACUGAUCAGGAUCAAGAUGGAUCCCAUAUUAAAGGAUUACUCAUCAACUUUUUCCAUCACAAUUGGCCAUCCCUGCUGAAGCACAGCUUUCUUGAGGAAUUCAUUACUCCAAUUGUUAAGGCAACAAAAAGUAAGCAGGAACUGGCAUUCUACAGUAUUCCUGAGUUUGAAGAAUGGAAAAAACUAAUUGAAAACCAGAAACUAUGGAAGAUAAAGUACUACAAAGGUUUGGGUACCAGCACUGCAAAGGAAGCCAAGGAGUAUUUUGCAGACAUGAAUCGUCACCGUAUUAUGUUCCGCUAUGCUGGGCCAGAGGACGAUGCAGCUAUUACUUUGGCUUUCAGCAAAAAGAAGAUUGAUGACCGGAAAGAAUGGCUCACAAACUUUAUGGAAGACAGACGCCAACGCCGAUUACAUGGAUUACCAGAGCAAUUCUUGUACGGAACUGCCACAAAGCACUUGACAUUUAAUGACUUCAUCAACAAGGAACUCAUCUUGUUCUCAAACUCUGAUAACGAACGUUCGAUUCCAUCUCUUGUUGAUGGAUUUAAGCCAGGACAAAGGAAAGUGUUAUACACUUGUUUCAAAAGAAAUGAUAAGCGGGAAGUGAAAGUUGCUCAGCUGGCUGGUUCAGUUGCUGAAAUGUCUGCCUAUCAUCAUGGAGAGCAAGCUCUGAUGAUGACCAUUGUAAACUUGGCACAGAGCUUUGUAGGAAGUAACAACGUGAGCUUGCUACAGCCCAUUGGUCAGUUUGGUACACGGCUACAUGGUGGAAAGGAUGCUGCCAGCCCUCGUUACAUCUUCACAAUGUUAAGCCCUCUGGCUAGAUUACUCUUUCCCAAUAUGGAUGAUAACUUACUCAAGUUCCUGUAUGAUGAUAACCAGCGAGUGGAGCCUGAGUGGUACAUGCCAAUUAUUCCUAUGGUAUUGAUUAAUGGCGCAGAAGGCAUUGGUACUGGAUGGGCAUGUAAACUUCCCAAUUAUGACACCAGGGAAAUCGUGAAUAAUGUCAAGAGGAUGCUGGAUGGCCUUGAUCCUUACCCUAUGCUUCCAAAUUACAAGAACUUUAAAGGUACUCUUCAGGAGAUAGGCCAGAAUCAGUAUGCUGUGAGCGGGGAGAUCUAUGUGCUUGACCGGAACACUGUUGAAAUCACAGAACUCCCCGUCAGGACGUGGACUCAGGUGUACAAAGAACAAGUUUUGGAGCCUAUGCUUAAUGGGACAGAGAAAAACCCAGCUCUGAUCAAUGAUUACAAGGAGUACCACACUGAUACAACUGUGAAAUUUGUUGUCAAAAUGACAGAAGAAAAGCUAGCUCAGGCAGAAGCUGCUGGAUUACACAAAGUGUUUAAACUUCAGGCUAGCCUUACAUGCAAUUCUAUGGUACUGUUUGAUCACAUGGGCUGUCUGAAGAAAUAUGAGACUGUACAAGACAUUCUGAAGGAAUUCUUUGAUCUUAGAUUACAUUACUAUACUCUGCGCAAAGAUUGGUUAACUGGAAUGCUGGGUGCAGAGUCUGCCAAACUCAACAACCAAGCAAGAUUUAUUCUUGAGAAGAUCCAAGGAAAAAUCACAAUAGAAAACAAAUCAAAGAGAGAACUCAUUCAGAUGUUGGUGCAGAAGGGUUUUGAAUCGGACCCCGUGAAGGCUUGGAAGGAAGCACAAGAAAAGGCUGCAGAAGAGGAUGAUCUUCAGGAUUUAAAUGACAGUGGUUCCACGAACUCAGGCUCUGUAUCAGGGCCUGAUUUUAACUAUAUUCUCAAUAUGUCUCUUUGGAGCCUGUCCAAGGAGAAGGUGGAUGAGCUCCUUAAGCAGAGGGACGUGAAGGGAAAAGAGCUGAAUGAAUUGAAGAAAAAAUCUGCAUCAGACCUGUGGAAAGAUGACUUGGCAGCUUUCGUUGAAGAGCUUGAUAAAGUGGAAGCACAGGAAAGGGAGGACGUCGCAGCCGGCUUUGCAAGCAAAGCAAUAAAAGGGAAAGUAGGGAAACCAAAAAUGAAGAGGCUGCAGCUAGAAGAGACCUUGCCUUCAAUGUAUGGCAGAAGGAUCGAGCCUCAGAUUACUGCAAUGAAGGCUGAUGUCAGCAAAAAGCUGCUCAAGAAGAAGAAGGGAGAAAUGGAUUCUUUAGCGAUAAAACUGGAGUUUGAUGAUGAGUUUGGCACUACUCCAGCAGAGGGCGGUGAAGACUCUCAGACUACUACUCCAGUGAAGCCAGUAAAGCCCAAGCGAGAGAGGAAAGAGAGAGAACCUGGAUCUCGAGCCAAAAGGAACUCUCUUACUCCAAAAACCCCUAUUAAGAAAGGAAAAAAGAGGAACCCCUGGUCAGAGGAUGAGUCUAAGUCAGACAGUGAUUUGGAAGAGGCAGAAGUGAUAGAACCCGUGGUCAUUCCCCGGGAUUCCUCAUUAAGAAGAGCAGCCGCAGCUGAAAGACCCAAGUACACCUUUGACUUCUCCGAAGAGGAAGAAGCAGAUGAUGAUGAAACUAUUGGUGCCAACAAUGAGUUAGACGACUUUAAGCCCCAAUCAUCCCCGGUUCCAAAUAAUACAAAUGAUGACGACGAUGCCCAUUCUGACAGCCCAGAAAAGGAUGAAUAUGAUUUCUCUUCUAUCAAAUCAUCCACAGAAAAGACAUCGGAAACUCAUAAGAAAAAACAAGCCGACACAUUUUCUUCUUCGUUAUCUAAAAAAGUGCAGAAUGAAGAUAGCUCUAAGUUUAAUAGCGGAGAUGAUGAUGAGGAUGAUGAUGAGGAUGAUGAUGAUGAACCCUUCUCAAAAUACAGCUUCAAAUCUACUGAUAAAACAUCCAGCACACCUACAGCAAAGAAAGAAGAUACCAGCAAAUAUAACAGUGAUGACGAUGAACCUUCCUCUCCCCUCUACUCAUCAGCCUUUAGCUUCAAAUCUACAGAAAAGACAACCAGCAAAACAUCAACAAAGAAAGAAGAACCUACAAAAUUAAUUAGUGAUGAGGACGAGCCUUCCUCCCCCUUUUACUCUUCAGCAAUCAGCUUCAAGUCUUCAGAAAAACCAGCCAGCAAAACAUCAACAAAGAAAGCAAAAACCCCCUCAGAUGGAACGCCAAAACAAAGACGACCUCCAAAGCCAAAGAAGUCUGAUGUUUUUGUGAAUUCAGAUUCCGACUUGGAGUUUGGCUCCUCAAAGAAAUCUACUACUCCCAAAGCAAAAGGAAGAGGGAAGAAAAGGAAAACAUCAGGUUCAGAGAACGAAGGAGAAUACAAUCCUGGGAAGAAACCCCCAUCCAGCAAAAAAUCAAAGAAAACAACCGCAUUUGACAAUGAUUCAGACGUGGACAUUUUCCCACCAGAAACUGGAAAAGAAAGUGCGACACGGCAGCGUCCUGGCCGGGCCAGGAAAGAAGUGAAAUAUUUUGCAGAAUCUGAUGAUGAGGAUUUUGCUAUGUUUUAGUUAUGUGCCCGAAGAGCACCAAACUGUUUUCCAGCAAAGUAUCUUGUGUAGUCCUCUCGUCCCUCCUGUUGGCGACUUUUGUACAUUGUCUUAUUUUAUGUGAUGACGUAUUUGAUGUUUUUUAUUAUCGUCGUAGGCAUUUUAACAUUUGUUGUUACACAUACAGUUUUCUGCUCUUUUUUACUCAUGAAAUGUCAUGUACUUGUAUCAAUUUGGCUUGUAGAAAUGUUUUAGACUGCCGUGCUCAAGCACACAUUUUAAUUGUCUUGAAAAAAAAAAAAAUGCAGAAAAAAAAUAACAGAGCAGCCCUGCUUUUUAAGAUGAAGAGAAAACAUUAAAAAAUGGAAAUACAA